GACGCACUUCCGGUGGCCUCCCGGAAGUGGGGGCGUGAGGGCGAGCGGCCGGUCCUGGGAGGCGGCGGGAUCGCGUGGGGCCGAGAUUCCCGGGGAGACGAAGCGGACCGCCGCUCCGGGACCAUGGAUGGCGAAGAGAAGACCUACGGCGGGUGCGAGGGCCCGGACGCCAUGUACGUGAAGCUCAUCUCCUCCGACGGGCACGAGUUCAUCGUGAAGCGGGAGCACGCCCUGACUUCGGGGACCAUCAAGGCCAUGCUCAGCGGCCCCGGGCAGUUCGCCGAGAACGAGACCAACGAGGUGAAUUUCCGCGAGAUCCCGUCGCACGUCCUCUCCAAGGUCUGCAUGUACUUCACGUACAAGGUGCGCUACACCAACAGCUCCACGGAGAUCCCCGAGUUCCCCAUCGCCCCCGAAAUCGCCCUGGAGCUGCUGAUGGCCGCCAACUUCCUCGACUGUUAGGGAAAAUAAAUGAUCGCCCACCGUC